UCUAAUGCAGCGUUGCCUUAUGAAAUGAUCUUUCGAUGCAUCACGUGGUCUUCUUACGUCAGCCUGUCGAUUUGGCGUCACACCAGAGGGAACAGCAGAAGAACAAGAUGGAGGAAUAUGCCAGAGAACCCUGCCCCUGGAGGAUUGUUGAUGAUUGUGGAGGAGCCUUCACCAUGGGAGCGAUUGGAGGAGGAAUAUUUCAGGCAGUCAAGGGCUUCAGAAAUGCACCCUCCGGUAUGAACCACAGAAUGAGGGGAAGCAUGACCGCCAUCAAGACCAGAGCUCCACAACUUGGAGGAAGCUUUGCAGUAUGGGGAGGCCUCUUCUCCAUGAUUGACUGUGGUUUAGUACAAGUAAGAGGGAAGGAGGAUCCUUGGAACUCGAUUACGAGUGGGGCCAUGACGGGAGCCAUCCUUGCUGCAAGAAAUGGUCCAGUAGCCAUGGUGGGCUCUGCAGCCAUGGGAGGAAUCCUGCUGGCAUUGAUAGAGGGUGCUGGAAUCUUGCUUACUAGAUUUGCCUCAUCACAAUUCCCAACUGGGCCCCAGUUUGCCGAGGAACCGGCCCCUGCUCCCAUGGCUGCCCCUUCCUUUGGAGACUACAGACAAUACCAGUGAGAGGACUCACUUCUUAUCCUCUAGGCUUUUUUGAAUUCCUUGCUGAAGUUACAAAGAGGAAAUGGAGAUGUAAAAUACCACACAUCUGAGAAUAGCAACUGCACCCAACUUUAUGGGCCGUGUCAGAGAAGUGAAGGACGAAGUACAUGUUCAUUUUCCUCCUUUCAAGGGCCAUGUACAGAUCUGUCUUGUGCCAUUGUACGCCUUGUCAUGUGCAUCUGUUUCACCCAACUCUGGUUAAAUACAAACACGUGGUGAGACUGGA